UUGCAAGACUGCACAUCGAUACUUCAGAUAAGAGUUUUCGCCCGGUUCAUCGCCCACUUCCAUGUUCUCUUCUUGCAGGGUCCCCAUUUGUACGAUAAUGCAACAAGCUGUAGAGCAAGGUUUGGAUCUUGCGGAGUAUGUCAUUGCGACUGCCCAGCAGAGACCGCCGAAAAGGAAAUACUCGUCGAGCGGAGAGACGUCUCUCCAGGAAAAACUGUAUGACAUUUAUGUUGAAGAAUGUGAAGAAGAGCCUGAGGUUACGGAGGUAUUAAGAAGCAACGUGAACCUGUUAGAGAAGCUUCUUAGGAGAGAGUCGUUGCCCUGUUUGGUGAUCAACCUGUACCCAGGAAAGCAGGGCUAUUCCCUGAUGCUCGAGGGGGAAAAUGGAUCAUUUUCAGAGAGCAUUCGGUUGCCUUAUGAAGAACGGGAAUUUCUCGAAUAUUUGGAUGCUGAAGAAUUACCUCCUGUUUUGUUGAAUUUCCUGGAAAAGUCUGCGGUUAACGUUUUUCAUCAGGGGUGUGUCAUAGCAGAGAUACGGGACUACAGGCAGUCCAGUGCCGGGGAACCUCCACGUUACCAAAGCAGGCAUAUUCUCUUACGUCCCACCAUGCAGACUUUAGUCUGCGAUGUAGAGGCCAUAGCCAGUGAUCACCAGAACUGGACCCAGGAGGAUAAACUUUUGCUUGAGAGCCAACUGAUCUUAGCUACAGCGGAACCACUGUGUCUAGACCCUUCUGUAUCAGUAGCCUGCACUGAAAACAGACUGCUCUAUAACAAACAAAAGCUGAACACUCUUGCCAUGAAAAGGAGCCUCAAGAGGUUUUCGGCGCCUGCUCUGAAUCAGCAACAGGAGCUAUCCCAUUGUCCACCUCCUCCUGAGCCAAGAAUCAUGACUUCUUGCAAAAAAAUAAGAGAAAGUAAAACAAAUGAACUGUAUGACCUCAAAAUUUCUAAAGCAGGCAAUUGUGCAGAUACGUGGAUACAGAGACCCUGUAACUUGGCUGUCCCUGCUCAAGUGGAUGUGCAGAAAUAUGCUACAGGGAAGAAGCCUGUCAGAUAUGAGGAGCCACAACCAACCCAGGAGGUACUAGGUGAUUCUGCAGUUGGAUGUGAGGCUGCCUACCAAUCCCAGGCAACAAGGUUAACCGUCAGGCAGCCAACUGAUAAUUCACUUGCCCCUGGAAAUGGGUCUGAGAACGAAGCCACAAGGGAGAGAGAGCCGUGUCUACCCCAGCCCUCCACAGAUGACCAGUUCAAGAGUUUCCUGCCCAGGCCACAGACUGAUGCUGCGAGAGUGGUCAGUCGAUCCGAGCAACUGGUCCAGAAGAGCACCCAGCGUCCAGUGCAGCUGUCACCCAGCUCCAGUGGCUCAGCCCAUCUCAGGCAGCCUUCUCCAGGGACACAGUCAGCACAGCCUAGGGCCGCGUCCACCCAGUCCUCAGUGCCAGACUGGGGAGCCAGACCUCCAUCCCCACUCAAGAGACGUCCCUGGAGCCUAGAGAAGAGCUCCUGCAGUGACAGCUUUACCUCACAGCAGGCGGGCAGCUCUCAGGCCCAUCCAUCUGCUGGCCCUGCUCCUCAGCCACCCAGUCUUUCCCAGAGAUCGUCUGUGCAGCUGAACAGAGAUAUCUUGCUUCCUGUGGCCGCCCCAUCCACCAUAGUCGUGUUAAAAAGAAUCCCGGACAUCCAGGUCACGACCAUCUCCCCUGGCCUGAAGGAGAUCAGACUAGUGGGCCCCUUUUGCUGUAGCCAGGCCUCAGGGAGAGGGUGUGCCCCUAGGGCCCCCGCUCCUGUGGAGAUCCAGCCGGGCCAGCGGCCCGCAGCUCAGCCAUUGAACCUGCAGCCCGCAGCACCACCGGGGCUUCCUCCACCUGCUUCUGUUCCUUCUCCUACUCCCAGAACGGUGCAGGUGUUUUUGAAGAAAGCUUCUGGUCUGAAGCACUAUACUGUGGUGCAGCUCCCCCAGGGGUUGCUGGUCUGGAACAACCAGCAUGGGGUCCUGCAGCCGUACUUCUACCAGGUACUUACCCAGCAGCUCUUGCCACAGCCCUGCCCUGUGAGUCAUCGGCAGCCAGCGGAACAGCCUUCAGGUACACAGGGUCCAGGUGCACAGGUUCCAGGGGCACAGGCCUCAGGGCCACAGAUCCCAGGGGCACAACCCCCACGGGCACAGGCCUCAGGGCCACAGAUCUCAGGGGCACAACCCCCACGGGCACAGGCC